AUGCGGCCCGCCGCGCUGUUGCUGCUGCUGCUGGUCGCCUUCGGUGACACAGCGGACCGUGACACAACCGAACGUGACACAGCGGAACUUGGCGCUCUUGUGAAUAGCACCGAUUCGAAGAUAAGUGACGGACUAGUACGAGACGGUAACUUCACGGUUUUAGAUGGAACUUCCAAUGAUACGUUAUCAGAGGAUGAGCAUGAACCGAUAGUGAGGAAGAAGAGGACGUUUGGCGAUAUCGUGUUUAGAGGAUUAGCUGAUGUGCUCGGAUAUAAUAUUCAGAGGAAGCCUCAGCAAGCGGCGCCGUUCCCGCCCCCGCUUGCGCUUGUGCCUGGGAUUGAUGAUAUACCGCUAGCCGGGCCGGCCGCUGCUCCAGCUCCGCCGCCGCCGUGUGCUCCAAAAGCAACGGCGCCGGCUCCAUGCCGGGCUGUGGCUCCGCCGCCGCCUCCGCCACCACCUCCGCCGCCGCCGCCGCCGCCGUGCCCGAAACCUAGAGCAGCGCCGAGGCCUAAACCUAGACCCCCACCGCCGCCGCCACCGCCUCCGCCGCCACCACCAUGUGCAAAGCCAAGAGCGAACCCGACUACUCCAUCUCCUUGCGCACCUCCACCGCCGCCGCCGCCGAAAGAUCUCGAAACUAUAAAUUCCAACUUCCGUCUGCAGUUUAACUUUAACCGGCAGCCUGCGUCCCAAGCUCCGGCACCGGCAGCUGAGGAGUACGAACAAGAAGAGGCACCAGCCCCGGUAGCUAUAGAACCUCGGGCGGCGCGACUGCCGGCCGACCCGCCGCGACAACCGCGCGUCUUUGUCGAUGCGUUUGUCGUCCGCAACGGACAGCAGCACAGAGUCCGCACCAUCGACGCAAAUCAGGUCAAUCCUCAGCAACUCGCCGGAGACGACUACCUCGCUUAUGAUGACGAAGAAGAAGCCCCCGCAUAUGACGAUUAUGAAGACGCUCAAGAGUCCCGAGAUGGGGUUAAAGCGGUGCAAGAAUUCGGGACAGCAGUUGGAGCUUUUUGGGAGCAGAAACAGAAGCCUCCACCGAAAGUAGAGGUUAAAAAUAAGAAAAAGAAUAGGCUUCCCGCGAAUGAUUACCGUAGCGUGCACUUUGGAGAUCGCGACUUGGCCGAGCAGAUACAAAGGAGGUCUGAUGAACGGGAACAACGCCAGAGACCAAACAGGGAGCGUCAACGUCCGCACAGAGUACCAUUGCCCUUACCAGCAGAAGAAGCGGAGGAGGAGGAGGAAUCGACCACGACUACUGAAGACCCACAUCGCACUCUACGGCCGCGAGUUCUUCCGCCCACGGAGCAAAACCCAGGCCAGAUUGACACGGUCACUGUGAGAGUACCACCGAUAUACAGGGAAAAACGGCCGAAGAAACUGAACCGAGGACGACCGCAGAGGCCAGACCGGGACGAGGAAAGCGUAGAGCAGUCGUCGGAGGUAGACAGCGAUAAUGAGAACUACAUCCAGGCAGUACAGACUGAACCGCCCCGCCGUCGUCGUCGCAAGAAGCCCCGUCGCAAUCGGCGCUCAACCGAUGAAGACGAUGAAGGCGAUUAUUCCGCUGGCGACUACGAUUACUUCGGGAAAAAACGCAAAAUUUCUGACACUGAAAAACACUUCAUGCAGCUAACUGUUCCUCCACCUACAAAAUACCCCGACCUAGCCAGGCUCGAGGCCGCGCCCGGCGGCGGAGAUUUUCUUGACGACCACGAAAGGCUCCAGGAAGAUCCUGAAAGGAUCGGAGAAGACGAGCGGGCGAAUGAACACGAACGUCUAGGCGAUGAUAAGGAGAGACUUAUCGAUGACAGGGACAGAUCAGACGAAUCUGAAAGGGCUGGGGAUGAAGAGCGAGCGAGCGAGGACGAGAGAGCCGACGAGCGGGAACGAACAGAUAAGCUAAGCCCCAACGCGAGAGUGAGAGAGAGGGGCUAUGAAAGCAAGUUCCUGCGCGCGACCAAUGUGCAACAGGACGACCCUUACACGCACCACCACGCUAAAAGUAAACCUAAACGCGCCUAA